AUGGCGACAAGCAGAGCAUCUACCUCAAAGAAAGGCAACGAAAGGGACCCUUUGGAGGCAUUGAUUAUUUCGCUCCAUGGAAAUUUGGGCCAAAAGCAUGAAGCGAUUAAAGUCAUGGUUGAAGCAUGUGGUGCCCUUCUCGAAGAGCACGAGAUGAGGGUUGAUAAAUGCACCCAUCUCAUUACGACAGAGGCAUAUCUCAAGAAGAAAAGUCUGCCUUCAAAGAUUCGAGACGCAGCCUCCAAGGGCUGCGAAAUUGUCACCCUGGAAUGGUUGCUCCGGUCUAUCCAAAAAGGAUAUAUCAUCGACACCAAAGACUUCAAGCUAGAGACGACCAAAACAGCUAGACUCAGACUGCAAGCGACGACAGUCAAAGUCCCAAAGGAAUUUCGGAAGCUCAUUGUGGAUGAGACAUUCCCCGGUUAUUCAGAGGGAUUUACUGUCUGGGUCCACAAAGAAGUCUUCUGGGAUGCAACCCUGGUUAGACUCGUGGCUCAAAAUCUCGGAGAAACCAAAUCUCAACUUGUCGUCCGUCGCAGUCAGCUACUUCAUGAUCCAAAGGCAAAUAAAUAUUACACAUUCAUGGUUGAGAAGACGGGGGAAAAGGUUUCUCAAUCCAGCCUUGUAGGUCAAGGUAAGCUGGAACAAGCCAAAGACCUCUUUCAAGGGAUAUUCUACGAUGCUACCGGUCUUCAUUGGGAGUAUCGUCACGACGACCCAAAGAAAAACAAAUUCAUUUACGCCGAGUGCAAUUUUAGCGACGAGGAGGCCAGUCUGUCUGUCUUGGGUACCAAAACCCAUAAACCACAUCCACCCGCUAUUAAAGCCGUCCUCAACCUCAUCAUUGAACCCGGCUCGGAAAAUCAGCUAAUUAAACAAUGCCUGAAAAAGAACGCUGGUGGCCCUGUGAUGCUUGGUAAGUCGACAAUGAGUAUUCAUCAGCUACGUGUUGGUAUAUGUCUCUUGAAGCAGCUGCUGAAACGUCCAAAACUUGCGAAUGAAAUCGUGACUGGGACGGGGCCUGCAUCGAGUGUGCUUAAAAUCUAUCAAUGCCUCAUCGGCUCUGUGGAAAGUAAAAGUCCAGCUUCUUUAGAAUGGAUUCAGCGCGAGCAAGACUUUUUGUCAUACCUCCGCAUUCUUGCAAUGGCCUCCCACCCGGGUCUGCCUUCUGGAUGGGCUGAAAGUCGACUCUCACCACAUUUGCAUCGACUUCUGGGUCUCAAACACAUGACGCUAGGUGACUAUGUCUCAAAAAUUUCAUGA